GGCAGUCUGUGUGUUUUUCUAUGUUAGGGUUUUGAGUUCAGCCUGGUAUGGUUCUCAAUCAGGGGCAGGUGUCAUUAGUUGUCUCUGAUUGAGAAUCAUACUUAGGUAGCCUGGGUUUCACUUUUGAGUUGUAGGUGUUUGUUUUCCGUGUGUGUGUGUUGCCACGCGGUACUGUUUCGGUUUCGUUCAUGUUCACGUUUAUUGUUUUGUAUUGUUUCAUAGUGUUCAGUUUAAAUCUUGAAAUAAACGUUAUGGACACUUACCACGCUGCGCAUUGGUCCUCCGAUCCUUCUCGCUUCUCCGAGGAGGAGGAGGAAUGCCGUUACAUGGACAAAGGGCUAAUGACUUAAUUUAAACCUUACAGAAACAUAACAGGUGGGCAAAGUGCUAAUGACCUAGUUUAAACCUUACAGAAACAUAACAGGUGGGCAAAGUGCUAAUGACCUAGUUUAAACCUUACAGAAAAAUAACAGGUGGGCAAAGUGCUUAUGGUCCAGUUUAAACCUUUUAUGGGUGUACCAGAAGACCGCUAAAUUCUCUAAGUUAAUGGUUAACCACAAGGUGUUUUAAAAGAGACUGAUGUUUGGAGUAUAUUGCAUACUGAACUAGCUCCAUGCAUAUUUUCCCAAUGAGAGCUUUUCUAACUCCACUGGUGUUGCUGAUCUGUCAUUUGGGAGUAGCUAAGGACAUUCCAAGUGAAGAUGAAUCCUCUCACUUGCAGACAGCCCUUCACUUUGACAUCAAGUCUGAGCUGAGAGAUCUGAGAGACAUGAUGGUGCUGCAAAGAGCAGAGCUGAGCCGCACCAUGACUGAACUACGAGACACUAAGACUCAGGUGGAGGUGCUGAAAACAGAGAACUCAGUAAUGGGGUCGAGGCUGAUGAGUUCUGAAGGAUAACUUGAGGCAUUGAAGACAGAGACUGCAGGUAAAAAUGUACAGUAAAAAUAUCCGUUUGUUUAGUUAGUUUGGACAUCAAAUUAACUAUUGUUAAUGUAGCCAUAGAAACCAGGCAGAAUGUAGGUACCUACUUAUCUUGUCAUUAUGAUUGCUAAUGAUCAAGACACUAAUUUUGUGUUCUCCGGGGUAUUUUCCUGCAAAUGUUUGUGUAAUUGUUGUAACUCCAGCCAUACUGAGCAGGGUAACAUCCACUGAGAGCGAGGUUGCAAAACUGCAGAGGGAGAAUGCAGAGAGACCCAAGGUGGCAUUUUCAACCUCUUUGGGAAAAACUGGACACCAAGGACCAUUCAACACUGCCACCACCGUAGUCUACAAGAACGUCUUCACAAACACCGGUGAACACUACAACCAAGCUACAGGUAUCUUCACAGCACCUGUGAGAGGGGUCUACCACUUCAGCUUCACAAUGGGUGAUUUUCUCCAGUCAACAGUUAUGGGCCUAUCCCUGUUCAAGAAUGAACAGCAAAUAAUUCAUUCAGGGGAAGUAGGUGACCAUCAGCAGUUUAGGUAUGCAUCCAAUGCAGUCAUACUACAGCUGGAAGUGGGAGAUGUCAUUUUUAUGCAACUCCCUGCAAACUACAGGAUAUAUGAUGAUUCAAAUCACCGUAACACUUUUAUUGGCAUUCUACUCUUCCCUGUUUGAGAAAAGUUUUACAUGUGUUGUGAUGAUGAACAUCAAUGAAGUGCUUUUGAUCAAUGAAGUGCUUUUGACCAA